AGUACAUUAGCUAAUCUAUCCCCAAUAGAUCAUAAAGUGAUUUCGACAUUGCUGAUUGGCACUUUGAACAUAUUGGUCCACGCACUAAUGAAUGCGCAUUUGAGCCUUUCAUCCGUCAGGUGCAGACCACUUCUCCGCUCCAGCCCGCGGCCGCCAUGAGAUUGAUUCUGCCCAACCCGGGACUGGAGCUGCGGAUCUCCAACCUUCAGGAUCUCGACAGGAUGGAGAAAGAGGGGGCCGACAGCGGCGGCCCCAAGUGGGACAACAAAGCUCAGUACAUCCUGACGUGCGUGGGCUUCUGCAUCGGCCUCGGCAAUGUGUGGCGAUUCCCUUAUUUGUGUCAAAACCACGGAGGAGGAGCGUUUUUGAUUCCCUACCUUAUCCUGCUGGUCUUGGAAGGAAUGCCUCUCCUGUUGCUGGAGUUUGCCAUUGGUCAGCGUCUUAGGAAAGGCAGCGUGGGGGUGUGGCGGGCCAUCAGCCCUUAUCUGACUGGUUUGGGCAUCGCCUCCAUGUUGGUGUCUUUUUUAGUUGCGCUGUAUUAUAACACUUUGAUAGCCUGGGUCAUGUGGUACCUGUUCAAUUCCUUCCAAAGCCCGCUUCCUUGGACUCAGUGUCCGCUCAAUGAGAAUGCGACAGCCGAGUGUCAAGAGAGCUCCACGGUGGACUAUUUUUUCUACCGCGUGACCCUCAACAGCUCGACCUCCAUAUCUGACUCUGGGGGGCUCCACUGGCCCAUCGUGGUGUGCCUUUGUGCCGCAUGGACUGUCAUCUGUAUUUGCUGCAUCAGAGGGAUAAGCACCUCGGGCAAGGCUGUGUACGUCACAGCCAUCUUGCCAUAUGUUGUGCUAUCCAUAUUCCUGGUGCGGGGACUGACCCUGAAAGGUGCCGUUAGCGGGAUUCAGUUCCUCUUCACCCCAAAGGUGGAGGAGUUGAUGAAUCCGUCCACUUGGCUGGAUGCCGGCGCCCAGGUCUUUUAUUCGUUCGGUUUGGCGUGGGGAGGCCUCAUCUCCUUCUCCAGCUACAACCCCGUUCAUAACGACUGCGUGCAAGACGCUGUGAUCCUGUCGGUCGUCACCGGUCUGACUUCGGUGUACGCCGCUACGGUUACGUACUCCAUCAUUGGCUUCCGGGCCACUGAGAAAUAUGACACGUGUUUCAGUGAUAACAUCAUGUCGUUAAUAAACGCAUUCAGUCUUCCUGAGGGCAGCGUCACACCGAACAAUUUUGACUUGGCCUUAAAACAUUUGAACACCUCCGACCCAGAAACUGUUCUCGGAUUGGAGUUUAAAACCUGUGACUUGGAAAAAUUGCUCAGUGAGGGAGUGGAGGGGACAGGUUUGGCUUUUAUUGUUUUCACAGAGCCAUCACCAAGAUGCCCGCUUCGCCAUUCUGGUCUGUUCUCUUCUUCGUCAUGCUUUUCUGCCUGGGCCUCUCCACCCUUUUUGGCAACAUUGAGGGAGUGGUGGUUCCUUUGAGAGACUUGGGGGUUUUCCCCAAAAAAUGGCCCCAUGAAGCCCUGACUGCGACAACAUGCCUCGUGGCCUUCGUCAUCACCCUCCUCUUUGCGUUGCAUUCUGGGAUUUAUUGGAUCACACUUUUUGACAAAUUCGCUGGCUCCGUUCCACUUCUGACGAUCGGAUUCUU